AAUGGAGUAACGCUGUCCGGGCCUUUAUCGGAAGAAGUUUCUUUUAAUCACUAUUUAUAAUUCUCUUCUACUUUUGACUGAACUUUUCGAAUACUUGUUCUUCCUCACACAUUAAUUAUCUUUCCUCAAUUUACGAAACCAUCCUAAACUCCUAAACUCUGAGAACUGGAUCGGUUUUACCAACUCUGAUGAUUGUGAAACUUGGUGCACAAGCCAUCUCUAAAACUUAACUACAUUACGCUAGUUUGAGAAUUUGACGAUUCUUCAGUCUUUGAAGAGGUAUCAACAUUUGAUCCUGAACUUGCUCAGGGAAUGAAAUGACAAUGGAAUCUCCAACAGUCACAGAAACGCCCGAGACUAGCAAUACUGAAAAUCUGACCAAGACCAGCAAUACUGAGAGUCUGACUGAGACUAGCAAUACUGAAAGUCCCACCGAACCUACAAACACUGGAAGUCUCACUGAAACUGCGAACACUGAAAGUAACAUGGAAAGUCUAACCAAGACUAGCAACACUGAAUGUCCGGCCGAGACUAGCGACUCUGAAAGUCCGGUCAAGACUAGCAACACUGAAUGUCCGGCUGAGGCUAGCGACACUGGAAGUCCGGCCAAGACUAGCAACACGGAAAGUCCAGCCAAGACUAGCAACACUGAAAGUCCAGCUAAGACUAGCAACACUGAAAGUCCAGCCAAGACGAGCAACACUGAAAGUCUAGCAAAGCCCAACAACACUGAAAGUCCGGCUGAGGCUAGCGACAUUGAAAGUCCGGCCAAGACUAGCAACACUGAAAGUCCAGCCAAGACUAGCAACACUGAAUGUGUGUCCAAGACUAGCAACACUGAAAGUCCUGCUAAGUCUAGCAACACUGAAUGUCCGGCUGAGGCUAGCGACACUGGAAGUCCGGCCAAGACUAGCAACACGGAAAGUCCAGCCAAGACUAGCAACACUGAAAGUCCAGCCAAGACUAGCAACACGGAAAGUCCAGCCAAGACUAGCAACACUGAAAGUCCAGCUAAGACUAGCAACACUGAAAGUCCAGCCAAGACUAGCAACACUGGAAGUCCGACCAUUAGUACACGGAAGAGUCCCCGUAGUAAACCGUCUCCCGCUAAUAAGGAAGCAGCCAAUGGGGCUGUAUCAUCAUCUUCGGUGCGCAAAAAUCUCUCCAAAGCAGGAGAGGUUUCCUCUGUAAAUGUCAACAUCAAGCUAGAAAACAACGAAGAGGAAGCUCCUGCACAAUUUGAAAGGCACUUUAUCAAAGUAGAAGCUGCAGCUGAAUGUUCCGACUACGAAGAAAAUGUUGAAGCUGAUGAUGCUCAAGAGACUGUUAGUGAAGAGGUCAAUCAAGAAGGUGAGUCAUUUCAACAAAGCAUAUUUAUCAAGCGUGAUUCAGAGUUAAAAACAAGAGAAACUAGCAAAAGGAGCAGAGGAAAAAAUACAGCUGCGGGUAAAGCUAGUGAGACUGGAGCAAGCACCAGAAAUGAUGUAUUAGAGGACUGGGAUGAAGAGAGUAUUACGUCCGUCCAUUCUGACGAUUGUGAAGUCCUCCAUGAAGACAUUCCAGUCAAAAGAGCUAGGAAAGCUGCGCCAAAAUCAGUUCCCAAGAAAGGCAAUGCCUCUAAGGGCAAAUUGAAGCGAAAGAAAGAGCCAGCCAAAGCUGUGACCAAAAAAUUGAAAACAUCCGCUGUUGCCGGAAGUAGCGGCAUCAAAGCCUCGGGAGGAUCUGCUUCCGCUGGUCUUGCUGGCCUGAGAAAUAUAAUUGGUUCCAAUUUCAAGAAAUUGAACCUCACCGUUAAUGAACCAUAUGAUAUGAAGAAUGAAAUUGGAUUAAGCUAUAAACUUGAAGAUCCAUCAAUGGACACAGCUGCCAGUAAUCAGAAUGCUGACGGAAGUUUUGAGUGUCCCAAAUGUGGAGCCAACUUCAAGUGGAAAACUACCUUGAAAUUUCACAUGUUCAAUCAUUUGGAAGACAAAGCCUUGGAAUGUAAUGUCUGCUUUAAGUUGUUCCUUUCACCUGCGUACCUCCACGAGCACAAGAAAGUGCAUCUAUUCGAGAACCAAGACAGGAAUUUCAACUGUCAAGAUUGUAGUGGUCAGUUCGAAUCAGAAGCAAGUCUAGCGACCCAUAGAGUAAGCCAUGCGAAAUUAGACACACAGCAUUAUGUUUGCAAUGUAUGCAAAGAAAAAUUUGCAAGUUUGUUCAGCUUGAAUUCACACAAAGCCAAGCAUUCGUCUGCUAUUAAAUAUGAGUGUAAGCCUUGUGAUCUCAGAUUCAAAACUUUAAAAACAUUGACAAAGCACAUUGCUACUCAUAAUGUGGAGGUCAAGAUCACAGAAAAUCAGUAAUUGUUAAAUGUCUCCCCUUUUACAUUGCCUAUAGGUAAAUCGAAUGACUUCCCAUAGUUGUAACAUCUGAGUAAUAUUUUUUAUGUUUUUUCUGCCUUUUCUGUUAGUAUUGGUGGAAACUAAGUUAAAAUAAAAUCAAUUCUGGUUUGUGCAACUCACAACCCAAUUGAUAUGUUUUACUUCCAAAAAUGAGGAAACUUCAUUCAUAAUUUUGCAAUGAAGACUCCCAGCAUUUUUAAAUUUUACCUCCUAAGAAUUUUUUUAUCUACAGAACACCAAGUUUUUUUAAAGGUUGUCCAAUUUUCCUAUGGCUUCAAUAUCACUGCCUCCGAAAAAUUCAAAGCUUUGUAAAUUAUUUUGUAAACAAAUGAAGGGUAAUCGUAUUUAAUUUUUAGGGUUAAGUUGUUUCAUUACUUUGAUAUCUGUAAAGAAUUUUAUGUAUAAACUUUCUUCCCAAGAAGAGCUUGACGAGUUUUCUCUCAUACUUGUCGUUCUUUAAAGAAAAUUGUUGUAGUUAUUUUUAAUCGUCUUACAUAGAUAAACUCAAGUUUAGAUAAUAAGAAAAUUCGAAAAUUCAAGUUUCAUGUGAUCCUACAAAUCAUCAUCUUCGGAAUUUGGAAGUUGCAUCAGUUAAAGUAUUGAACUGCUGUUUUCAAAAUUAGAUUGUCAUACCUUACCUGUCUCCGCGAGUUAACAUAGUGCCCAAUAGUGUUUUUCCUUCAUUUUCUGACAUGAGAAACAAUUUUGGAUUUUUCAACACAGCUAAAUAGAGAGUUAUUUUUAUUUUUAUUUGUUUACACACAUCCGAAAAUCAUGUGCUAAGUGGCUCUAAAACCACUUGCACACUUGCCACUUACUGGGUAAACCCUCAAGUCCUCAGAGCUCCCAGUCCAAGGUACAACUUUUCCUUGGAUCAUAAGUUUUUACUGUAAAAAAUACCGUAAACAUUAAUUUUAACAUGAACUAAAUCUCCCAAUCAGCCUAAAAAUUUGAAAUUUUUCUGUUUGUCCUAAACUAUCUGCAACUGUGAAAGCUUCAAUUCAGUGAAAGAAUCAGUCGAUACUUUCAGGUGCUUAAAAAUUUGAAUGGGCCAUCCUUUAUUUGAAUUUCCUUAGUUUUCGGAUGCAUCUCACUCAAAUGUAUCGUUAAUAUAUCAACCCUUUGUAAUUCACUAUUUGAAUUCUUAUAGAUAUUACCUACUUUUGAGUACUGUUAGAGGAAAUGUCUUAGGACAGUUCUUGCGCGAAAGUCUUCAAUAAUGUAAAUUGGUUUAAUUUACCAAUUAUUUUCAGUAAAUGAUUACAAAAGAACCACCUAUUAUUUUGCCUUCUGCUAUUAUGAUUUUUUUAUUUCACAAUCAGAUUUGAUUGAAUGAUGCAAAAAUGUCGAUAAGCAUGUACAUAUUAGGAGUUGGGAGUCAUCAAAUGUUUUAAGUUAAUAUAUUUUAUUUUUAUUUUCUUUACCUACUUGUUAUACAUUUUGUAAUUUAGUCUCUAAAAUGGGCUCAAGUUGUCAGAUAUUAACGAUUUAACUGUAAACUGAUCAUGCUGUAUGCAUUAUUGCAAAGAUGUACAAACUACAUACAUAUUUUGCUGCAUAAGUGCACCCUCUCUAAUUGUAAGAUCAUCUUUAAAUCACAGUGAAUUUAACUUUCAUUUUUCAUUUGUCAUUCUGGAGAAUAGUUUCAGCAAGUUCGCAAAUACUAAUCUUUCUAAUGCAAUUGCAAAGCACUUACAGAAAAGAUGUUUGGGAAGUUAUCAAAAUGUGUAUUAUCGAAUUUAAGUUUUUCAGUGUAAAUUCUUUUAACUUCAAAGUAUCUAAGGUUCGGAUGAAGAGGUACCCAAGAAUUUCCUUAUUCGGUCUUAUUACAGUCUUUAUAGACAGAAAUUUUUAGAGGCUUCAUUUUAAAGAGUUGAUGUUAUUUAUCAUUUGUAACAGAGGCCUAGACGUGACCAAAUGAAAAUCAUCCUUGUUGUAAUAUCCAUCAGUGUGUGUCUAACUGAAAAGUUGAAAACCACAGGAAGUUUCUCUGUUUUCCUUGGUCGUUUGCAUACUCAGUUAGGACCUAACAUUGUAAAUAUUAUGAAUUCCUAGGUAUCCUUUGUUAAUUCACAUGUAUUAAUAAUUAGUAUUGGUACUUGGAUAGUUGGCACUGACAAUCUUUUGUUUACAGUAAUUGACACCUCAAAAGAUUACCCAUUUUUGAUUAAUUAGGUAUUAUUCAUAAUUUGGUUUAUGUGCCUUAUUUAUGAUCAACUUGUUUUCAUGCCAGAUCAAUUUUAUUUUAAUAUAAACCCAUAAACUUCA